UAGAGUAAACACGCUAAUCCAGAGCAGCUUCUUCAUCCAUGGCGGCGGCGAUGUUCCACACCCGGCGCACUUUAGCCUCCUUCCUCUCUCGCGCUCUCUCUUCGUCCCCAUUAUCAUCGCCAUCUCCUCUGCUACGCACUUCUCGUUCUCGCUUCUCUCUCGCGCUCUUAAACCGCCAUCCUCAACUCGCUCCAGACUUGGCUACGAUUCCGACUCGGUGCAAGACUACCGGAUCGGGCUACUCGCCUCUCAACGACCCGUCCCCGAACUGGAGUAACCGACCCCCCAAGGAGACGAUUCUUCUCGAUGGCUGCGAUUACGAGCACUGGCUCAUCGUAAUGGAGUUCCCCACCGACCCCAAACCCUCUGAAGGCGAAAUGAUAGACGCCUACGUCAAAACCCUUGCCCAAGUCGUUGGAAGUGAAGAGGAGGCGAAGAAGAAAAUCUAUUCGGUUUGCACGACGACUUAUACUGGGUUUGGUGCUUUGAUCUCCGAAGAGCUUUCUUACAAAGUUAAAGGCCUUCCUGGAGUGUUGUGGGUUCUACCUGAUUCAUAUCUCGAUGUUCCUAACAAAGAUUAUGGAGGAGAUCUGUUCGUUGACGGGAAAGUCAUCCAUAGGCCACAAUAUUGGUAUAACCAAAGCCAACAAACCAGGACCAGGCCUCGGCCACGGUAUGACAGGCGUCAGAAGACAACGCAGACUGAAAGGAGAGAGCCAUUACAACGAGGGACCUGGGCUCAAGAUCAGAGAGGUCCUAUGCAGCAGUCAGUAUCAACGGAUGGCCAGAACGUGUCUCAGACUGGUGGAGGUCAUUCUAUGAAUCAGGGAGGCUCUCCUGUGGCUAGGCCUGAUAACUAAUCAGCUACCGACGGAUUCCAAACUUGGAAGAAUCAAGUAAAGGUCGGGUUUCUCUUAUCUUAAGAACUCAGCUUCCAUCACCUGCGUCAUUAUGUAUGUUCAAUGUGGCAUGCAUGAUUUUUGCGUAGCCUUGUGAAAAUUCAACUGCGAUUAGUGAUAUAAUUCUCUGGAUUUAGGGCAAUGUGGGUCUCUUCAAUUUUUUCUAUUAUAGUCUCAGCAGCCGUUUUUGCUCUUCAGAAUAGUUAUUCCUUUUCUCAGUACCGGUUGCUGCAACAAAUACCUAUGGCAUUAACCUCGGUGUUGCUGCCUAUCGGGAGUGGGUUGUUAAGGUCUUAAUACCAUUGCCAGUUCUGUAUUUGCUCUUUGGAAGACCAUAUAAUUACUUCUGAAUAUAUAUAUAAGGGAAAGGUAUAUUGAUUUUGUCA